UUCAAGCGGGUCAACAUCUUAACAGCGGGUCAUGAGCACUGUUUACUCGCAUCGCAUAUUUCAUCGGAUCAUUUAUGAACUCACAGUAUACACUACAGUCUCCAGGCUUACGACAGAAUCUUCGACAUCAAUAUUUGAAUAAAUUAUGAAAAAUGAAUCGCUGACUGGCCACGGGGAAAUUUCGUAAUGAAGAUCAAGGUUAGGAUCGCGGUUUUCCGAUAGUUCUACGCCGCAUAAAAGUCUACGAAAAAGCUUACAUAUCUUUCUUUUUUUAACCAAGAACAAGAGUUUUUGUUGCUCACUCCCUACGCUGCCUUGUUUUUAUUUUAGGUAGACUCUCUUCUCAAAUCUUUUUAUUUAACUAUUGAAAAAUUUAACAGAUUCAUGAAACUAACGUACAUUAUCGGAACCUAAUUACCAGCAACGUUUCAGUUUCCUUCUACCAGUUUCACUUGCACUUCCCAACAUAUUCAUGUUAAAGUAGUUUAUAAGAAAACGGUAACUGCGGUCUUAUUUCUGAACUAAAGAAUGCGCUGCAGAGACUUUUAUUUUCUUACUUCCGUAACAGGACUGCUAUUAUGAAGUGUUGCUGCGAGUGUCAGACUGAUUGAAAGCAUGUUGCGUGUUAGCGCUUUAUGAGUUUCUCUCGAUUGAUUUGUACGACCAUCAGACGCUUACACGUCAACUCUUUCUCGUGUCGUAAGCCCUUGAAUGAGAGUGUGGACAUGUGUAAAGAGCUGAAGACGAGAGUCCUGCGGCUGUCAGACGACCUGAAGACGCACACACAUGAUGGGGCGGAAGUGUUGAAGUGUACAGUGAUGGCUCUGAAAGCUGGGCAGGUUGUGGCUGUGCCCACGGACACUAUCUACGGUCUGGCCUGUGUGGCUCAGAACUCAGACGCCGUCCGGAGAGUUUAUGACAUCAAAGGCAGGAACGGAGACAAACCCUUGGCCAUCUGUGUGGGUGAGAUACAGGACAUAUACAGUUUCUGUAAGGUGUCUGUGAAGGAGGAGCUGUUGAGAGAUCUGCUGCCCGGGCCUGUUACGCUGGUUCUGGAGAGAUCCGCCGCCCUCAACAGGGAUCUCAAUCCUUUCACCAAGCUCAUAGGGGUUCGUAUCCCAGAUCAUCCGUUCAUGAGACGCCUCUGUCAGAUGUGCGCUGAACCACUCGCUCUCACCAGCGCUAACAUCAGCUCGCACACCAGCACGCUCGCUGUGCACGAGUUUGAGGACUUGUGGCCCAGUCUGGCCGUGGUGGUGGACGGCGGCCCAAUUGCAGACAGAAGUCGUUUGGGUUCAACGGUAGUCGAUCUGUCUGUGUGCGGCACAUUCCGUAUCAUCAGACCUGGCUGCGCUCUCUCUGCUACGCUGAAGAUACUCGAGGACAAGUAUGGACUGCUGGAGGACUCCGUCAGUCAUUGAGUUUGUGUAGAGACCAGCAGAUGGGUCACAGAUGUUUGGCUCUCUCUCUCUCCUGCGGUCAGCAGCACUGGGUGAAUGCAGAUGACGGAGAUCUCAUGGACUGGUGUCAUGUUGGAGAAACGAAAGACUUUUACUGGAUGCUGAACCCUGAGUUGCAGUACUACAGUACUAGAGUAGAUUCACAGCCUGCUUUAUUUCCAUUUGAACUGGGUUUUUAAUUUAUUUCAAAUUCAUUGUAUUUUGCUGAGGAUCGGUCACUCUCUGGCAGAGCUGCAUGUUUUUAUAACAAGUGAAUCUAAACUGGAGUCUGAUGUAAAGAGGAACUUCUUGCUGUACUGAGUUACAUAUUUCUUAUUUAACAUAAUAAAACUUUUACAAAA